AACAUGGCAAAAGAUAAGUUUAUCCGCGUCGGACAUUCAUCCCAAAAGAUCUCAAGUUCUUCAGCUAUCAUAGCCCCUGCUUGCUGUGCCUCCUUGGAAGCUUGUCUCAAUUCCACGCUACGUACCGUGCCCGACGACUCCAAAAACUCCCAAGAUAAUUUCCUCCCUUUCCUUUCCUCUCCAUUUGAUUCUCUUCUCUAAAAAUGUCAACAGGAACCCUAGCCGCUGCUGGCCCUCUAACCACAACAUUCACGCCCUCCCCAGCCUGCACAAACGAUUUCUACACCGCGCCUACAUACUACAGCAUCGGCGGUCCGCUAGCAAGCACGUGUUUCCCGUCCGGUUGGGCUUCUACAUCGCAGUAUUUCAGUCCGGGGGUGUGUCCUGAGGGAUAUACGCAAGCAUGUGCUUCCAUUUCUGCUUCUGAGACUUUUGCUACUUGUUGUCCGAGUGGAUAUGUGUGUUAUACACCGACGAUAUUCAAUUUCGUGGGACAGGCGUGCGCUUCGGUAUUUACGAGCCAGAUCACGACGACGGUCACGGAUGGGUCGGCGUUGACGGUGUUGCUUGCUACGUUGCAUACGAAGACUGAGGCUGUGAAUGGAUAUGGAGUUUCUAUUCGAUAUAACGCGAACGAUUUUGCUACUAGCAGCAGUAGUAGUAGUGCUCCCACCACAUCAUCUAGCUCAGGCUCAAGCACCAGUAAUAGUGCCAGCUCCGCUACAACCUCUCCUCCAGCAUCACCAUCCACAACAGCUUCAUCCGGCCUAUCAACAGGUGCAAAAGCGGGUAUCGGCAUCGGGAUAGCAGCAGUGGGACUCCUAGCCUUGGUCGCACUAGGAUUUUUCAUCAUGAAGAAGAGAAGGAGGGCGUUGCCAGACUAUACUGUCCAUGAAGCAGAUGGCAUUGGAAAGCAAGGCUGGGAUGGACAGCCGAAGGUCCAUAAGGUCUCUUCGGCUGUCCAUGAGGUCUUCACACCUCCAUCCGAGUUAGAUGGCAACUCGCCUAGAGGAGCUCCUGAGGUAUAUGAUGGUUCGAAUUUCAGAUGACGAGUUUGUGUUUGUAUAUACUUCAGCGCUGCAAUUUGUAUAGUAACGAUGAUGAUACCCAGGUAACCUGUUUUCUGAAUUGCUUGUCUGGCU